AUGAGAGCAGAAACCGUAAUGAGGACAAUGGUAAGACACAUAUGCAGCCUAAAGACACAAAAAAAUACCCAAAGUGAUGAGAAACCCAUUGGAAAUUCUAUUCCUGACAAACCUAUUACUAAUACUAACCUCCCCGAUGAACCCCCAGAUAACAACCUUUUCCCAGUGCCACAGAUUGACAAUCUGUUGAAUCUUAGAACAUUAGACAAUGAAAAUUCUAUCUCAGAGGAAUCGAGUUCAGAGGAAUCUGAAUUUGUUGAUGCUACACAAAUGAAUGACCCUGUUGAUCCAGUUAAUUUGAACCAAACAUCUCAGAGAUCCAAUGCUCAAUUUCUCAAGAAGUCAUGGGCUAAUUUAUCUGAAGCAUUGGAGGAUGACGAAUCAGAUAAUGAUGAUGAGGAGUUUGACCCUGAGUUACUCAAAUUCCAGCUUGUUAUGUCUAAAUAUCAGAAAAAUAAGAUUCGACAUAAAGCCAAAUCAAAGGCUAGCUACCACACCAGAUCACAAUCUGGUACCUCAAAGCCUUUCUGA